CUUCGAAUAUAUAUAUAUAUAUAUAUAUAUAUAUAUAUAUAUAUUUAUUUAUUUGUUUAUUUAAUAUAUAUAUAUAUAUAUAUAUAUUUAUUUAUUUAUUUAUUUAUUUAUUUUUAUAUAUAUAUCGAAGAAUUUCUUGAUAAUACCAUUACUGAGAUAAAUCACUGGAUCGCACUAAAAAUUUAUAGCCACUUGCAGAAGUCGGGACGGAUUUAUCUUUUUCCCAACUUGUUCAAAACUUUUUGUAUUCAGUGUUUUUUUUUUUAA